AUGCAGAGGUGCUUUGGGAUUUUUUGCAUGUCGCUCAUUUUUUGCGCAACUCUUUCUGAGACCAUCGGGCUGGUCGUUGCGGCAAAGGAAAAGCGUGGCUGGACACUGAACAGUGCUGGCUACCUGUUAGGGCCCCGUCGUAUUGAUCACCUAAUUCAGAUAAAGGAUUCUUCCAGUGCCAGAGGCAGAGACGAGCUGGUCACUCAAUAUGGAAUAGAUGGACACAGGACACUAGGAGACAAGCCGGGUCUGGCUGGAAAGAGGGACAUGGGCCAGGAGGAGGACUUCAGAACAGGUGCCCUGAGAAUAGCAGAUGAAGAGAUUAUCCACACUGUCAUUGACUUCCUGUCAUACCUCAAACUUAAAGAGAUGGGAGCUUUGGACAGCCUGCCUCCCUCUGUCACAUCAGAUGAACUGGCUAAUCCCUGAUGCUUUUCUAUCCUUAUCAUCAGUGUUGUGUUUCAACUCACC